AUGUUAUAUCAUAAAUAAGUUUGAAAUAUGGAAAUAAAUUCAGAUGAAAGUGAUGGGGUUUUUGUGAAAAAUUCAGCAAAGAAAAGAAAACCAGAUCAAAGCCUUUGGAAGAGAAACAUUGUAAAGGUUUCCAGAAUAAAAGGCGAUGAAUAUGUUAACUACCAAGGAAAUACUGUACCUCAAAAGUGUACUGGCUUCCCCUGCAGCUGCAAGAGAAACAACUGUCUUGAGACUAUUAAUGAAGAGGAUCAAAUGGAUAUAUUUAACCAUUUCCAUGCUUUCAACACUAAAGAUGAGCAAGAUUUGUUCCUACAAUCCUUGAUUGAUUCCCAAGAAGUAAAGCAGAGGCGACCCAGAAAGGAAGACAGUUCUAAAAAAAAAAAGUGCUACCUUUAAGUAUCAUGUUAUGGUGGGUUCUGAUCGAAUGCCGGUUUGUUUUAAAGCUUUUUUAAGUUUACAUGCAGUUACUAAAAAACAAGUUGAAAAUAUUGCAAGCUUUGAAAAUGAUUGCGAAAAGCCCAGUUGAUAAUAGAGGACGUUAUAUAAAACAAGUAUUGUCUGAAGAAAUCAAACUUUUUAUCAGACAGCAUAUUGAAAGCUUUCCAACUAAAGAAAGCUACUAUCUUGGAAAGCCUAUAUGCUAUCUAGAUGCCACAUUAAAUGUUAAAACUAUGUAUAGACUGUUUAAAGAAAAAUACUUUUCAAUAAAAGUUGGAGGAACAAAGUAUUUCAACUACUUUAAAGAAAACUAUAAUCUUUUCUUUGGAAGGCUACAAGUUGACAUAUGCUGCACUUGCGAGGAACUCAAUAUAAAAUUAAGGAGUCCUCAUCUCAACGAGGCAGCAAAAAGGUGUGCUCAAUCUGAACUUGAUAUUCAUAAAUGCAAAUCAAAAAAGUUUUAUGAUCGAAUCGGAAAUAACGUUAAUGAUAAGGACAAUAGGCAAAUUUUAUCAUUGUGUUUUGACUUUAUGCAGAACAUACAGAUCCCAAAAAUACCAGUACAAGAAACCUUCUAUCUGAGACAACUUUCAGUUAAUGUUUUUUGUAUUCAUAACAAUAAAAGUAACAAAGCACAGAUUUUUGUUUACCACCAAGGCACAGCAGGCAAGGGUCCAGAUGUAGUGUGUUCCCUUCUAUUUAACUACUUAAUGAAAGUAGAGCAGCAGUUUACUGAACUCCACUUAUUCUCAGAUAAUUAUUGGGGCCAAAAUAAAAACCAUUCAUUAUCUAGGCUAUUCUUAGCCAUGACUGAUUUAAAGAAAAUUUGAAAAGGUUGAGCAAUUCUACCCAAUAAGAGGGCACUCCUUCCUACCAUGUGAUAGGGAUUUUAGCAUAAUAAAGCGAGAACUAAACCGACAUGAUAGACUGUACACAGUAGACCAAGUAUGUGAACUUAUUAAGGCAUUCUCCAAAAAUGAUAAAUUUAUGGUACAAAAAGUUCAAUCUUCAGAAAUUUUAGACUUCAAGACGUGGUGGCCGCAGUUUUAUAAAAAAAGUUGUGUUUCCGAUAAAACUAAAGGUAAGCAAGUU